UAGUUUAUCGUUGGAUUUCGAACUUUUGUGAUCGAGUACAGUGAUUGAAAUUUGGUGAAAGUUUGAAUAUCGUAUUUUAAAUGUAGAUGGCAUGUCGCAGUAUCACACUAUAGUACAUCUCGUAGCUGGAGGCCUUGGUGGCACAGCUGGUGCUAUAGCCACUUGUCCUUUGGAAGUUGUAAAAACCCGACUUCAAUCAUCUGUAGCUAGUUUUGGUCCUUUUAAUUCGGUUUCAGCCGCUCCAAGAUCAGUCACUCUACCAAGGUUUGAAUUCUGCAAUUGUAGCUCCUAUGAAAGAUUUUCCCCUGUGAUAACAGAUGUUCCUCUUCGGCCACACCAGUCAUUUGGCAUUUGGAGGUGUUUAAAGCACAUUGUAGAAACAGAAGGUGCAAGAGCAUUAUUUAAAGGUCUUGGUCCAAAUCUGGUUGGAGUUGCUCCAUCAAGGGCUGUAUAUUUCUGCACCUAUUCUCAUACAAAGAACUUUUGUAAUGAAAAGCUCACUCCAGAUACACCUAUUGUACAUAUUUUCUCUGCAGCUAGUGCAGGUUUCAUGUCUUGUUCUCUAACCAAUCCCAUUUGGUUUGUGAAAACUAGACUUCAGUUAGAUCAACGAUCCUAUGGUAGCAGCAUCACAACUGUUCAGUGCAUUAAAGAUAUUUAUAAUUCCAAAGGCCUCAUAGGUUUUUAUAAAGGGAUAACAGCAUCCUAUUUUGGCAUCUCAGAGACUAUUAUUCACUUUGUUAUUUAUGAGUUCAUCAAAGCAAAACUGCACGAAAGGAGAGCUAGUAACACUUACCAGGAUGAUCAAAAGUCUCCCAGAGAUUUUGUAGAUUUCAUGUGUGCCGGUGCCAUUUCUAAAACGUGUGCCUCCUGUAUUGCUUAUCCACAUGAAGUAGUAAGAACACGACUGCGCCAAGUUGGUGACAAGUAUAAGUCAUUCUUUCAAACAUUACUACUGGUGUUCAAAGAAGAAAGCUACCAUGGAUUGUACAGGGGCCUUGGUACUCAGCUUGUCAGGCAAAUUCCAAAUACAGCCAUCAUGAUGGCUACUUAUGAAGCAGUGGUCUACCUUUUAACGAACUAUUCGUGCACAGUUCCUGCAGUGCCUACUAUUCAGAUUUGUAAAGAUGAAGAAUCCUACUGAAUAGGUUUUACGUGUACAUAAAGAAUUUUUGCCUUCUACGUGGUAAAUUAGAAGAAUGUACAUAGGUUUUAACUUGUAUAUUAGCAGGUGCAUUUUGAUCCUUUUGUAAAUUAAUAAGGAGGUGUAAAUUAGAUAUGAGUUGCAAGUAGUGGCCAAAAUCGAAAAUGAAGGCAUUUAGAUGUGAAACUUUUCCCAAGGUUUACAAAACAUUGUUACAAGUUUUGCAAUGUAUAAAUCAAGGCAGUUGUACUAUUGUAUGAAAAGGAUUCAAAUGUCUGUUGAAGUGCAUCCAACUGCUUUAUAAUGUGUGCCAAGAGACCGUGAUAUUAGCUUGUUUUAUCAGAGUAAUCUUAAAAAACCGGUUCAUAAAAAAAGCAAUGUGCUUAUUAUUUUCAAAAUUUCUUUACAGUACCUAGAAAAUUUGGCAAAGUUGCUGUGUCAUUCAUUUUCUUGUGUAACUGUAUUUUAGAAACAGCAUUUGCACCAGUCUUUUUAAAAAAUGUUAAGUUUUCGAGUUCUCAGAAAAUCUUAUCGGAGUAUGCCAGGGAUGGUUCAGCUAGAAAUGUUUCAUAUUUUUGGUUAUCAUCGUCGCUUUCACUAUUUUUGUCAUCUGUUUAAACUUGAAUUUCAGCUACAGUAUCCUCGGUAAUAAGUAUCUCCAAAGUGAUAACAUUCACUUAUACAUUUGUGUAAUUCUCAUAAAAACUCAUUUUCAGUCCUUGUUAUAAUUUGACAGAAUUUAAUAAGAUAACUAAAAGUAAAUUUUCUAUUUUAUUUUAAAUGUCUUUAAUCUAAAGUAUUCAAAUCAUGUCCUUCUCUCCCUUGUCCCCACUGUUUGCAAAAAAUAAAUAAAAAUUAUUUCUAUGCAAACAAAGAAUAAGUUCACAUUUUUGUAGUUUUUAUUUUGAAAUGUUGAAUAAUAUAAGUGAAAAUACCAUUAAAAAUUAGUUCCCAUAAUUGUUUUUAAGUUUGUUCCCAGCAAUUAGUGUUAUUCUUUCACAACAGUCUUUUUUUUUUUUUGCAAAAAGUGUGGUAAUUUACAGCUGGAAACCCAGAAAGGUAUUACACCACAUUUGGGUCUUAACUUGUCGGAAGUUUUUCUUGCACUCGAUUAAAGCAUAAAAACAGAUUAGGUUUUAUGUUGUAUCCGUCAUUGUGUCUCACAUCUGUUUUUAUAGAAAAAUAAAGUAAAAUAAUGCAUGAGAACUGAAUAGUCAUAAGUUACUUCCUAGUUUGAGAAUAUUUGUAUACAAAUGAACUCUAAUAUCAAUUAGGAGUAACUACUAAAAUCCGAUUUUACUAAAUUUGUCAUUCCUUCACUAAUGAGGGAAUGACCCUUAAGUGAGGGUAUAAUGCUAUUCAAAAAA